AGCGUUGCUUCCACUUGAAGACAUUGGAUCAUUACUACCUAUACAAGUGAAAUAGAGCCAGACCCUCCAUGGCCACGAUGCCAAACCGCAGAUCAGAUCCCUUUCACUGCACACCGGCAACAACACCAACACCAACAGCAGCAUCAGCUCAUCGCCAUUCUACGCUCCGUCAUGUUCACUGUCGCUCUUGAUAUGAUGCGUUCCAUUUUCUCUCUUCUAUACUCGCUCGUUCUCUUCUUCCAAAAUGUAGAGACAAAUGUUUCCCUCAUGCUGGGAUUGCCUCCGGCCACGACGUUCCGACUGUUUCCUCCUCUAGAGCAGUUCCCUGUAAACUGUUCGGACAAUUUCAUUGCCGGGAUUUACUUCACAUCGCUCCUUGUGCUGAUCGCCUCAAUGACCCCCCUUUUCCUCAAUCUUCAGCCAUAUGAGGGCGCGGAUACGGAUGCUGGUCGGCUGACCGUGAUAUUUCGAUGGGCAGCAGGAAGCAGUCGAGUACUCAAUACUCUUUUCUUCUUCAUUCGUAAUUGGUUGCAUUUUUUUGGGCUUGUAUAGCGCAAACUUCCAACAAUAUCAGGAUGCAGAUAUACUCUUAUUCUUAGUCAAGGAGCGUAUGCUGAGAGUACUCCUCUAAAAUGGAAAUUUCUGUCGUGCUCAGC